AUGACGUCCCCCAGAAUCGCCAUCAUCGGCGCCGGCCCCGCAGGCCUAACGCUCGGCGCCCUCCUCCACAAACACACCAUCCCAUUUACCAUCUUCGAGCUACGCCAGAAACCAACAGCCGAAGAACUCUCAAAACCAUCCGGCAUGCUCGAUCUCCACGAGGGAUCCGGCCUAUCCGCCAUCCGCGAGUGCGGUCUCUACGACGAAUUCCUCAAACACACAGGCGACUGCGCCGAGACGCAAAAGGUCGCUGAUAAAGACGGGAACAUCCUCUACAGCGACGAAGAUGACAGCAAUAACCGGCCGAGUGACCGGCCAGAGAUCGCCCGGCACGCUCUGCUGGCUAUUCUCCUCAGCAAAGUACCAAAAGACUGCAUCAAAUGGGGGCAUAAGCUUCUCUCUGCGAGGAUUGCCGGCGUCAGCACAGAAACAGAGUUAGAUUUUGGCCCCCGAGGCAAACAUACAUUCGACCUCGUCAUCGGCGCCGACGGCGCGUGGUCAGCCGUCCGCGCUCUCCUAACGGAUAUCAGACCGCUCUACGCAGGAAUCCAAAGUAUUACGCUGACGAUCGAGAAUAUCAGCACGCGGUAUCCGCACCUCGCAGCGCUGAUUGGGCGAGGGAGUUUCCUGUCGCUUGGGCUGCGGCAUGGGGUGAUUACGCAUCGGGGUCCGCGGGAUUCAGCGCGCGUGUAUGUCUUUCUCACGGCGGAGGAGGGGCUCGCUGGUGAGGGGAAGCGAGUGGCCAGUGUAACGAAGGAGCAGUUACUCAGUGACGAGGCCCUACUGGGGAGGUUUGGUGACUCUGUGAAGGAGUUGGUGGCUGUUGGUGUUGCGUGCGAUGAAACUACGGACCAGCCUGGUGGGGUUGUUGAGGUCAAACCGCUGUAUAUGCUGCCUAUUGGCGCUGCGUGGGAGCAUAAGCCUGGUGUGACUAUUGUCGGGGACGCCGCGCAUCUGAUGUGUCCGUGGGCUGGGGAGGGUGUCAAUCUUGCGAUGUGUGACGCGCUCUUACUUGCGAAGGUUAUUGUCGAGGUGUGGGAGAAUGGACAGGAUGUUAGCCAGUUUCAGACUGCGCUGGAUCCGUUACUGAGGGCGUUUGAGGAGGAUAUGGUGGCACGCGCGAAGGAGAAGGCGGAGGAGACGGUUAGUAAUGGACAGAUGAUGUUUGGAGAGAAUGGAGCGAAGGGUAUGGCUGGGUUCUUUUUGAGCAUGGGACAGGAGCAGUAA